CUAAUGUAAGGGGGGUUUAUUCAAAGGUGGCUGGAGGCUGGCCCACCCGGAAACACCAACUCCAGAGGAAUGGAGUCCGCCCUCGGAAGCAGGGAGGGGAAGGGUGCCCUCAAGCAGGUAGAGGCCGAGGGGCUUUUAGCAGGAUCGCGGCGUCCUUCCUACGAGGUGGGCGCAGUCACAGCGUUUGACGGGUGACGGGCAGUGCCUGUUUCGGGGAAGGGUACAUUUAACCCGUCAGAGGGUGCGGCAGUCAUGGUUUCCCGUCUUCUGGUCUAAGCAGUGCAGAAAACAGCGGAAGUUCAUCUACAAGGGUCAUGAACCAAGAAGGCAGGAGGUUUCCGUCCCCCGCACCGGAGAAUCCCGGACCCGAGAAAGGAGCUGCGGGCGCACGGGACCGGGCGGCCCCGGCUCUCGUGGGGCUUAAAGCGCGCAGACUGUGUUCAGGUUCACGCCUCUAAAUGUAUUUUUGCCAUUUCUUAAGUAGCCUUAAAAAUGUCAGUCACUAUUUAAUCCUUUCAUCAACCGAGCAGCGAGGGCGUCGGCGAGAAGCCAGGGAGGAGAAACGGCGCUUCUCUCGGGAAUUUAGGUGGCAGCUUCAGCACCACACGUUUCAGCCUAUUUUGGGGCUGCUUCCAGUGCGGUUAACGUACAAAAAUAAAUAAAUCCCCGAAACACCCCACGCGGACAUCGGCGGGACCCCAGCGCCGGAAGCCGCGGUGUGGAGCGCGGGCACCGGCGCGGACUACGAGGGCCCACCCGCGCCUCGUCUAGGUCUCGCUUGAGAGCAGCGUGAGAAGGGCCUGGGGCCGCAGUCCGGGACGCUCGCAGCCCUUUAGGAUGGAGGAUGCCGUGACCUCCGCCACCGAAGCACCGCGCUCCGCCAGUCCACUCAGCUGGCCACCCGUCCCCGCCGCGCAGGCGCACUGAGCCUCCGCCGCUCCCUCACUACCGGGCGCCUUUCCUCCAUCGCGCAGGCGCACCGAACCUCAGCCGCGCCGGGAGGCGGGCGGGACGGCGAGGGGACGGAGCUAGCUGCUUUUUGAGGCUGCGCACUCGCGUGGCCCCGCCCCGCAGGUCCACUUCCGGCGCCGCGGCUCUUCCGGGCGGAGACAGCUUGUGCUGCAGUCGGAGUUAUAACGAGCCCUUGACUGACCGAGCGACGGCUGACCAUGGCUCCCGGAGUGGCCCGCGGGCCGAUGCCGUACUGGAGGUUGCCCCUCGGUGGCGCCGCGCUACUCCUGCUGCUCAUCCCGGUGGCCGCCGCGCAGGAGCCUCCCGGAGCGACUUGUUCUCAGAACACAAACAAAACCUGUGAAGAGUGCCUGAAGAACGUCUCCUGUCUUUGGUGCAACACUAACAAGGCUUGUCUGGACUACCCAGUUACAAACAUCUUGCCACCUGCUUCCCUUUGUAAAUUGAGCUCUGCACGCUGGGGAGUUUGUUGGGUGAACUUUGAGGCGUUGAUCAUCACCAUGUCGGUGGUCGGAGGAGCCCUCCUCCUGGGCAUUGCCAUCUGCUGCUGCUGCUGCUGCAGGAGGAAGAGGAGCCGGCAGCCAGACAGGAGCGAGGAGAAGGCCAUGCGCGAGCGGGAGGAGAGGCGGAUACGGCAGGAGGAACGGAGAGCAGAGAUGAAGACAAGACAUGAUGAAAUCAGAAAAAAAUACGGCCUGUUUAAAGAAGAAAACCCAUAUGCUAGAUUUGAAAACAACUAAAGCGCUCCAGCCGUCAGGCAGUCCCCACGCUUCCUGUGAGGUGCACACUCCGCAGCACAGCCCAGCCGGGAGACCACGUGGCCCUCGCGGUCUCCUGACCUUGACCAGUGAACCUGCCAGCCUUCUAGGACAGGUGGCCGGAGAGCUGCCCCUGAAGGACAGUCUUCCUCUCGUCCUGCAAACUGGUGACCUUCUAUUCCCUGUUCAUCUCUGUUUCUAGAUUUAGUCACUUGAAAUAAGAAAUCUUUGGGGUUUGGGGUUUUUUAUACUCUUCUCAGUUUGUAAGAAGCUAACUGCACGCAAAGCCGCCUGACGGCACCUAGCACUGUGGCUGUCAUUCUCCCGGCGCAGCACCAGAACCCUGCCUUCCUCUCUGUCUGCUGACUAGCUUCACACGCAACAGACGGAAGACGGUUUGACUUUUGUCGUGAGGAGAACUGACCAGCCCUCAUCAGUCCCCAUGAAACCACGGACAGCAUCGAGUCUUCACACCUGUUGACUCACAUGGCUUUUGCUGAUGACACGGGGCUCCCGUACACAGUCUGAUAAGGACUUACUUCCUAACCUCAAUUGUAUUAAAUAGCAUUGGGGAAUAGCUAAACCUUUAAAAAAAGAAAAAAACAUUAUUGGAUUUUCCUCCCUACUUAAAAGAUUUUACCAGAAGACUUUCAUGUAAAAAUUCAGGCUCUUUUUGGCCAGUUUUUAAAAUUUGUAUCUUUACUAGAACGUGAGAAUCUUUUUCCCUUGGAAGCUUGAAUUAUAAAUGUGGUGUUUGGCCUGCCUCUGCAGCACCAGUUGCCUGCUCGUGUGCCAGCACUGUUGGGAGGACGGGGCAGGACGCUGCAGCUUUCUCCAGCCCUGUUGGCAUCCUCAGUGCCUGCAAGCCUCUCCCUGCCUGUUGGGCUGUCUGGGGGGUGGCCAUUUAGGGAUCGUGGGGACGGGGUCCCCACGAAGAAAGAAAGGCCCAUCCACAGGCCUGGCUCUGGGCCCUGUGCCCCAGAAGCAGGUGUGUCCAGAGUCAGCUGAGGGCUCUCUCCUCACGCCAUCCAGCAGGCGCCCGUGCUCCUUCUGCCUCACGGGACCAGUCCAGCUUCCAGCCACUCUGGCUCGAGGGUGUUCUGAGCCCUGCCUUCAGAGUGGGCCUCCCCAGGAGCUCUCCAGUGGCACUGCUGGACCUGCCCCACGUUUCUAUAAAAUCAGGAUACGUGGCUUUAGUAAGGAGACCAAGCGCUUCAUGGCAGGGAGAGCAGCGUGCGGGGAAGUCACUGAAAAGUGCUGCCUAAGGAAGUUUGAAAAUAGUCCCCGUUCCAGAUUGCCUUGAAUUUUAAAACGUUUUGCUUUGGGAAAGUAGGUCGACAGCACCUAAGAUAAAUGAUGCAUUCCAUGUUCACACCUCACAGUCAGGAAAACUGAGAAAACUGUCUUCAGCAUGAACUAAAGUUCACAGGCAGAUCACUGUGAUCCACAACACUAAGAACUCAUCAAACAGCUUGAUAAGCCUUUUUGGCUGUGUACAUCUGUACCGGGAAUAACAUUCCUAUGCUGAAAUUUUCACAAAGAAUAGAACCUGCACCCAGUUCUUCAGGCUGAUUUCUCUGACCUCUUGGGCAUUUGUAUUUGUAGUAAAGUAUUGCAGAGUUUCCUAAGUAUUUUAUAGCAGCCAUCAAAAUUGGACUUUGUAUUGUUUAUUCAUAAAAGAAACUUAGUAACAGACUUGAACGAACUUUGUAUGAAUAGAGUAGUGUGUACGCAAAAUCAGUGUCCUGAAUGUAGGCUGCUGAGCUGAAGGUAGAGCUUGGUUGUUAAAUACAGUGGGUGAAUCCUUGCGUUCAGUGUAGAAACUACAUCUAUAAGGUUGGUCUUAGUCCAUCUGAUUUUUUCUGAAAUACGCUAAGAGCAGCCACAAAACUGUAACCUCAAGGAAACCAUAAAGCUUGGAGUGCCUUAAUUUUUAACCAGUUUCCAAUAAAAGUUUAAUAUCUGCAUUUGUCUA